ACGCGGCCAUAUUGGGAGCGGAAGUGGAGUGAGUAAUAACCCCAGCCGCGGGACAAGUCAGGCGUUGAGGUCACAUUACCGAGCGGCGGAGGCUUCCAGCUGAACGUCUGUUCCUCCGCCGGCGUGGGUACCCUUGCCUCAUCCGGAGCGGUAGGAGCCACGUUUCCGGCAGUCUCCUCCCCUUGCCGGGGAGGAGGAAAAAAAGAAGAGGGAUCCUAUGUCUCAGUGGUGUUCCUGAGGGGCGGCAGGAGGCAACGGCGGCGGGAGCGUGAAGUUAAAAAAGAAAGAUGCCGUUGGCACAGUUGGCGGACCCCUGGCAGAAAAUGGCUGUGGAGAGUACGGCCGAGAGCAGUAGCAGCGUCGAGAAUGGCCAACAAAUUAUAGAUGAGCCUAUGGGAGAAGAAGAACUAAAUCCACAAACAGAAGAAGGCAAUAUUAAAGAGAUUGCAAUAACAUAUCAUGUCAAAGAAGGGCAUGAAAAGGCAGAUCCUUCACAAUUUGAACUGCUUAAAGUACUAGGCCAGGGAUCUUUUGGAAAGGUAUUCCUUGUCAAAAAAAUCUCAGGAUCUGAUGCCAAACAGCUGUAUGCAAUGAAAGUGCUAAAAAAAGCAACAUUGAAAGUUCGUGAUCGUGUUCGAACAAAAAUGGAACGUGACAUCUUAGUAGAAGUUAACCAUCCUUUUAUUGUCAAGUUACAUUAUGCUUUUCAAACAGAAGGGAAGCUAUAUCUUAUUUUAGACUUUCUCAGGGGAGGCGAUUUGUUUACACGCUUAUCCAAAGAGGUCAUGUUCACAGAGGAUGAUGUCAAAUUUUACUUGGCUGAAUUAGCACUUGCUUUAGACCAUCUGCAUAGUCUUGGAAUAAUAUACAGAGAUCUAAAACCAGAAAACAUACUUCUUGAUGAAGAAGGACAUAUUAAAUUAACAGAUUUUGGCUUAAGCAAAGAAUCUAUUGAUCAUGAGAAAAAGGCAUACUCCUUCUGUGGAACAGUGGAAUACAUGGCCCCAGAAGUAGUUAAUCGGCGAGGUCAUAUGCAGAGUGCAGACUGGUGGUCAUUUGGUGUGCUAAUGUUUGAAAUGCUCACUGGUACUCUACCUUUCCAAGGAAAAGACAGAAAAGAAACCAUGACUAUGAUUCUGAAAGCCAAACUUGGAAUGCCCCAAUUUUUAAGUCCUGAAGCUCAGAGUCUUCUUCGAAUGCUUUUCAAGAGAAAUCCUGCAAAUAGAUUAGGAGCAGGUCCUGAUGGAGUUGAGGAAAUUAAGAGGCAUCCAUUUUUUGCCACAAUAGACUGGAACAAAUUGUACAGAAGAGAAAUUAAUCCACCAUUUAAACCUGCAACUGGUAGACCUGAAGACACUUUUUAUUUUGAUCCUGAAUUUACAGCAAAAACACCAAAAGAUUCACCUGGUAUUCCACCAAGUGCUAAUGCUCACCAACUUUUCCGGGGUUUCAGUUUUGUAGCUAUUGCAUCAGAUGAUGAAAAUCAAGCAAUGCAGACAUCUGGUGGGCAUUCAAUUGUUCAGCAGUUGCACAGGAACAGCAUUCAGUUUACUGACGGAUAUGAAGUCAAACAAGAUAUAGGAGUUGGAUCCUAUUCUGUUUGCAAGAGAUGUAUACAUAAAACCACAAAUAUGGAGUAUGCUGUAAAGAUUAUAGACAAGAGUAAGAGAGACCCCACAGAAGAAAUAGAAAUAUUGCUACGAUAUGGACAGCAUCCAAAUAUUAUUACUCUCAAAGAUGUAUAUGAUGAUGGAAAAUAUGUGUAUCUGGUAACAGAACUCAUGAAAGGUGGAGAACUGCUAGACAAAAUCCUUAGGCAAAAAUUUUUUUCUGAAAGAGAAGCUAGUGCUGUCUUGUUGACAAUUACAAAAACUGUUGAAUACCUUCAUGCACAAGGGGUUGUACACAGAGAUUUGAAACCUAGUAAUAUCCUAUAUGUUGAUGAAUCUGGCAAUCCAGAAUCUAUUCGAAUUUGUGAUUUUGGAUUUGCAAAGCAGCUGAGAGCAGAAAAUGGCCUCUUAAUGACACCCUGUUAUACAGCAAAUUUUGUUGCUCCAGAGGUGUUAAAAAGGCAAGGGUAUGAUGUGGCAUGUGACAUAUGGAGCCUUGGUGUCCUUCUAUAUACAAUGUUGACUGGUUAUACUCCCUUUGCAAAUGGUCCUGAUGAUACUCCAGAAGAAAUUUUGGCACGAAUAGGUAGCGGAAAGUUCUCUCUCAGUGGUGGAUACUGGAAUUCUGUUUCAGAAACAGCAAAGGACUUAGUUUCAAAAAUGCUUCAUGUUGACCCUCAUCAGAGACUGACUGCUGCCCAAGUUCUAAGGCACCCAUGGAUAGUUCACUGUGAUCAGUUGCCUCAGUACCAACUCAAUAGGCAAGAUGCUCCACAUCUUGUGAAGGGUGCCAUGGCAGCUACAUACUCAGCAUUGAAUCGCAAUCAGUCACCAGUUUUGGAGCCAGUGGGUCGUUCUACACUUGCUCAAAGAAGAGGAGUAAAAAAAAUUACCUCAACUGCCCUGUGAAAUGACCUCCUCUAAAAAAAUUGGUACCACAAUGAGUUGAUAGCACAAAUUAUGGCAACAGGUAGCACAUGCCCCAAUUACCUGAAAGCACACUCUCCCAGCUGGUACUGUUACGCUGCUGCUCCUGCUUUCACCUUUUGAAAACUCUUAAAGACAAAAUAUUCUCCUUCAGGUGGAGGAAAAAAUGGAAUCAAUGGAAAAAGAACUAUUAAUGGAAAUAAUUGUGAACACCUCUUGUUACAAUAGAUACACUGAAGAAAGCACUCUGCACCAUAUAGCAUUAUUUUUAUAGGGAAUGUUUUUCUCCCUUUAAAAUAAUUAUUUGAUACAUGUAAGGAUGGACAGUUUAUGUUAAGCACUUACCUUAAAAUAUGUUUAUAUUAGCACUGUGUAAUUUGUGCCAUCCAGCGUUUUAUAUGUUUUGUAUACUUCUCCUGACAGUACACUUCUGUACUGUUUCCUUCUCUUUAGACUAAUUGAUUUGACAAUUAAAUCUGAUUAAAAGGUUAAUCAGUAUGGUUGGACAUCUCUAAAACAGCUUGACUGUUAAACAGCUAUUGAAUGUAAUUCUGUGAAUGUGUAUUUCCCUGCCUGGGUCUUCCCAUGGACACAUUGUUAGAAAUCUUGGGAACAGAGCUGUUAAAGCAUUUAAUGGUAUAAAUGGCAUCUUUUAAUCACGUAUGUGGUUUGCUAUGUAUGGAAGCAAAAAGGGUAUUCAUAUCUUCAUUAUGAGUGUCUUUUUUAUGGACCUCAGAAACCAUGGCAAAAUAGUUUUAACUUUGGUUCAGCUGAUGCUAAUUGUAACUGGUCCUUCUUCGUUGCUUUAACAGCAAGAGUAUUUAUUGCACAGUGCUGAUCAGAAAAUGGGGAGGGCAGGAAUGGAAUGUUUAAGCUGAAGUAGUGCAUUGUCCAAUAAUAAUGUUAGAUAAAUUUUUGUGGCUAAAAAAUUACUAACAGCAGGUCUGUUGUACUUGUGCCACUUUCUGUCUAUAGAUAAAAGCAGUGUUGAAUACAAAUUGAAUGGCGUGUGCCCCAGUGUCUUCAACCUGUUUCUAGUGGUUCUGCCUUCAGAGUUUGGCAUGUCUGUAGAUUACAACCUUGGUGAAAAAUGGUGUAUAAUAAGAUGCUAAGGUUGCAAUCCUAAACACACAUACUAAACAUAAUGGAAACUACUUCUGAGCUUUUUUUAUAAAUUCCAUGGAAAAUGGGGAAAGCUUUCACCUCUUCAAAUUGUCUUGGAAUACUUCUGUGAAAUAUCAAACUUUUAUGUACUGCAAAAUACAGUAUGCUGAAGAAAUGAAGAAUUUUGGGUGGAUCAACAGAAUUCUGCCAAAGAAAUUACUCUUUAUACAGUAGUAAUAUUUCUCCAUUGUCUUGCAUUUUGCCAGUAAGUUAAGUCUCAGAUCAGUGUGGUAGACAUAAGCAAAGUAGGCAAUGAAAUAUAUCUUUUUUUCCUAUCAAAUGCUCGUGAUCUCUUUAAUCACUGGGUCCUGUGGUUUCCUUGUCUUCCUUUUAGUUCAUAUUAAUUUGUAUUACUUUCCAGGAUUUCACCUCAUGUUUCUGCCUUACAAACUCAUGCAGUUGUUUCAGGUUACCACAGUUUUAUUUAUACUGUAAUCCUUUUAAAAUCCUUUUCACACACUAGUUCACAAAUAAGUCUUUGCUUGUAUAGAUGCUGCUAAUUAGCCACCAAGGGGCCUUUAUUUCUUACUGUUGGUUAUAUGUUGAUGUUUUAAAAUGCUAUUUUCUUCUGUCAUGCUUGAAAAUAUUUGUUAAUAAUUUUGCUACAUGUUGCCUCAAGACUUCAUUGCAAUGACAGAUCCUAAAUUGGUGAUAUCCUAACUAUGACAUGAAUUUUAUAAAGUUAAAGUAUAGCUGUUCAUCACAUUUAUUGGUGACUUCAUAGUGCCAUAGUAACAUGGGCAGUUAGUCAUAUGAUUUGGAUUGUUCCACAUGAAAUACAUGGGCAGGGGCUGUUUCCUAAGUUUGGAUGGAUGGAAAUAUAUGAUUUUAUCUGUUGCAGUUUUCUAACAGAAACCUAUUUUUAACACUUUGAACUUCAAUAGUUUUCAACCCUAACUAAAAUAUUUAUCGCAAUUACUUUAUCAGUGCCAUGAUUUCCAUAAAGCAUCUAUGGUGCACUUCACAACUACAUAAACAGAAGUUCUGCGGUGCUUUUGGAGUUGUAAAGAAGAUAUAAUAUUGAGCUUUUUCAAAUGGAUACCUUAUUUUGAUUUCUUUAAACAUAUGUACUAGUUGUUGAACAUGGUUUAAAUCUAACAAGAAUGCUGAAAUGCUUGUAGCUGUUGCUAAAGCUUCAGAAAUGCUUAAUCCAUUUUGGAAGAAGAUACAAAUCUUUGCUUCUUUGUUAAUAAGCAAAAGCAGAGAUAUAUCAUAUAAGGCAUAUUGUAUAUCUCAACCUUGGGAAAAUGAAUGAAUUAUUUUGCAGUAGCCUGCUGCCCUACUUUUUUUUUUAAUUUCACUUUGCUAACAUUUCAUUGUCUUGCAUGAAAAAUAUUCCUGUCUCAGUGUGCAUGAACAAUUUUUAAUAACUCACUUUCAAAUGGGGGGAUUUUAUAAGAUGUUAUUCAUGUUGGACUCAUGCAGUUAGAUUUAUAAUUAACAAUAUCUGCUUCUGUAGACAGAAGAUUCUUAUUUCAUUUAACAUUAUUCUGCAAGAAAUACAUAUGUCUAUAUACAUAUUUAUAAAUGUAUAUUUAUAUUCAUACAUUUAUAUAUAUAAAUGUAUGUGUCCACACACAAAAUGUUUUCUUUACAAAAUAAUUUUGGAUAGUUGGAUUCAAGCAUAUAUAGUCAUAUUCCACAUAUAAUCAGUUUAUAGUCCUAGGCCACUUUGUGAUCUUAAAUGCAAUGGCUAGAGAAUACAUGCUGGUGAGCACAUUGGAAUUUACCUCUAAAUAAACAUGCAGUUGUUUUUCCAGUUGGGUUGCACUGGUAAUUUUAGAUUUCAUCUUACAAUAAAAUUUCCAUCUGCCCCUAGGAAAAAUUAAAUGAAUUACUUUUCUUAGGCAGAAAUCAUACAUUCCUGUUUUUACUUUAUAUAUAGAAAUCUUUUAGAUAGAUCAUAUUUUCAUUUAAGAAAGAACAGUUCGCUUAAACAUUGAUAUAUUUACGGUAGCUCAGUCAUAUUGCUCCAAGUUACUUGAGAAAAAUAUCAGUGUUUACUUGUUCCUUUUUAAAGUAUUUUAAACUUGGUAAAAAAAAGUCUGCUCCAUUAGUCAUCAUUCUUCAGAAAUAGAUUUCUUUAAGCAUUCUGUACAUUUUAAAUCAGGAUAUCAGAAAAUAUAUAAAUUUGAAUUGAAAAAGAAAAUUAUUUCAGUGUCUGAGAGGAACUACCAAAUGAAGUGGUGUGUACUUGCAGCAGCUUUCCUUCCCUGGCUUGGAAUAUUAGUAUCAACCAAAAUUUAUUUAUCAGUUUGAGGUGAUUUCCAAACUAGUUAAUCCUAAAUAAGAUGUUCAGUGUUCAGGACUGUCCUGAUUCAUGUUUUCUAAAAUACUAUUCUUUAAUAGCUGAGUAGGAAAAUAGUCUUUCUCCUUUCAAUUCUUGCGUUCAGAUAAUCCAGACUCUCUGUGUAUUUAUAACAAGAAAGAGGGAGAAAGAUUAGUAUCUAUAAACCACAAGAUUCAUUGAUUACUACUUUUAAUUUUCAAAUUCUUUAGGGACUUCAUAUGAAAAAUAUUCAAAUUUCCUUAUCACUCACUACAAACACGAUGUUUAGAAUUUAUGGUCAUUUAAUAUACAUGCAGUGAGAAUUUCAUGAGCAAUAUUGUUAUCUCCACUAUUAGGAACCAAUUGUCCAAACAAGCAGUCCAUGAUAAAGAAUCACCAAGCGUUAAUGAUUUGGCACAAAUACUAUACUAAUGAUUGAUACAGGUAUCUAGACAUGAUUUUUAAAAUUGGUUGAUUAAGUGCCAUCAAGUUAGUGUCAAGUCUUAGCAACCGCAUAGAUAGACUUUCUAUCUAGGAUGAUUGGUCCUCAGCCUGGCCUUUUAGGCCUCUCGGUAGUACAUUCAGUGCUGCUGCAAUUGAGUCCAUCUACCUUGCUACUGGUCUCCUGUUCUAUUUUCUUUCACUUUUCCCAACAUUAUGGACCUCUCAGAGGAACUGGGUCUUCACAUAAUGUGUCCAAAAUACUAUAGUUUGAGCCUGGUCAUUUGUGCCUUGAGUGAAAACUCUGAAUUAAUUUAUUCUAUGAUCUAUUUUGUUUGUUUUUCUGGCUAUCCAUGUUAUUCUCGAGUCUUUUGAGCACCAAAUUUCAAAAGCAUCAAUAUUUUUUCUGUCCUAAUCUAACUUUCUUAUCCAUACAGCAUCACUGGAAAAACCAUUGCUUGUACAAUUCUAAUCUUUAUAAGUAUAUAUACCUCACAGCAUCUGAAUAUCUUUUCCAAGGCCUUACCAACUGCUACUCUGUGAAGUAUUUCUUGACUGCUGGUUUGUUUAUUAGUCAUAGUCAAUCCAAUGGGAAUCCCCUGGGAUUCCUGUUGUCCUAAGGACAUUUCAUAGCUUGACAUGACAGCAUUGUCAAAGACCUUUCUAUAGCCAAAGCACAGACUGACUGAUUUUUGGCUUUCUCAAUUAUCCAGCAUGCGUGCAAUCUCAUUCCAUGGUCUUUUCUAAAAUCAGCUUGAACAUCUGACUUUUUCAUUUUCAUGUACAAGUCUAAUCUGCAUUGGAUGAUUCUAAACAUCAUUUUACCAGCAUGUGAAAUCAAGGAUAUUGCACAACAGUUUGCACACUCUAAAUCUCCUUUAUUAUUGGUAUGUAGACUGAUCUCUUCCAAUCUAUUGGCCACUGUAUUGUUCUCCAGAUUUACUGACAUUAUUUGGUAGAAACGUUAUUGAAUAUUCUUCUACAGUUUGCCAUAUUUCUAUAGAUAUUCCAUCCAUUCCUGCUACCUUCCAACUUUAUAAUGACUGGAGUGCUGAUCUAACUUCAUCUUCUAGAACUAGAAGUUCUUGUAAACAGGGUAUAUCUUCUAAGGUAUUUUAGAUGUUGACAUCCUUACUGUAUAGAAUUUUCAUUAUUCUCCUUCCACCUCUGUUUGAUCUUCAUGGAAUCAAUUACUGUCUGCCCAUGGGUAUCCUUUAGCAUAGCAAUUUGUGGAUAGAAUGUCCUCCUGAGCUUGGAGAUUUUUUGGAAGAUUUUUCUUAAUUUUCUCUGUUUCCAUCUUGGAUGUCUAGAAGAUAUCAUUGAAAUACUGUUCCUUUUUUCUUUUAACAGCUCUGUGAAAUUCUUUGUUAAAUUCCUCCUAAGACUUUUGUCUUUCUUGGCUUUGUUCUCUCUUCCAUUCUCGGGAAUACCUACCAUCUGAACUGACAUCAGUCCAGUUUAGUUUCUUCUGUUUCUUGGUCUUUGGCAGUCUCUUUUCACAUUCUUUGAAACAACAGCUUCUUUUAUUUCAUUGCACAGUAUUCUGGCUUUCUAUCAGGUGCAGGAUUUCAGAGCAAUUCCUGAUGUCCCUUGAAAACAGUGGGUAUAUGCUCAAGAUCACAACAGAGAAACUGGUUAACUUUGUUCUUCCACUUUAGCUUGAUUUGAAAUUUGCAUAUGAGCAGUUUGUGAUCUGUUCCACAAUCAGACCCUGCCCACAUUUUUGCAUUUUAUAACUGAGCUCUUCCACUUCCUUGUACCAAUAAUAUACUCAAUUUAUUUUCUAUGUGUUCAUCUGGUGAUGUCUAUGUAUAUAGCCCUUAUUUUUGUUGUUUGAAGAAUGUGUUAGCAAUGAAGAAAUCAUUGAAUUAGCAGAAAUGGGUAAGUUGUUCUGCUUCUGUUCUCUAGGCCACACAGUCGAACUACAUUUCCUUCUUUACAAUUUCCAGCUUGGGCGUUCCAGGCACCAACCACAAGCAACAUGUUUGGACAUUCUGUCGAUUUUGGAUUGAACUUGACUGUAGAACUCAUCAACUUCUUCCUUUUCUGCAUAAGUGGAACUUAAAUAACCAUCAUAUUAUAUUGUCUGUGGAAUCUAAUUGAUAUUCAGUCAUUGAGUACUGUCUUUGCUAUAUAUUUCCUGACCAUGAAAGCAACACUUUCCUCUUAGUAUUUCAUGUCCUGAAUAGUAAACAGUAUGAUCUUCUGACUGAAAGUGCCCAAUGUCCAGUCCAUUUCAAUUUGCUGAUGCCUAACAUGUCAAUGUGUAGUUUAUUCUUUUCAUCUUUUACUGUGUUUGAACUUUCCCAUGUUCGUGCUUUUUAAGUUCAAUGUUCCCACUGUAAUUCUGUCUUUGCAGCUUCAGAUUUUCUUUUCCUACAUGGCAAUAUCAGCAUUUCCAGAAGGCUUUAGUCUAGUUGCAUCAUAAAUACCAUUAGUACUCCAAAAGAUCAUCAGCUUUUCCUCAGUAGCAUGUUGAGCGCCAUCCAACCUGAUGGGCCCAUUAUCUAGCAUUUUAUCAACAAUCACUUUAUCCUUGUGUUUUUCUUGGUAAAAUACAGGAGUGGUUUAAUAUUGCCUUCUCCUACACAGUACAAAAUAGCUUAGCUGUUGUUACUGAAGUAAUCAUUUCCAGCAGGCAGAAGAAAAUUGAGAUUUUCUAGCAAAGGUAAACAAGGGCAGAGUCAGGACAUAAAGACAUAAAUGCUGGGAGAUUUUAUUUAGGUUUCUUGUAAAUGUAGAUCAACUAAAGCACUGUUUUUAUGGUAAUGAAAGGGAGGCUUUGCAACAUAUAAAUUCUUGAUUGGCAGUAAUGAAUAGCUUUUAAUCUUGACGCUGAUGUAUAUGUAUCUUGAUACUUCUGACCUAAACCGGGGAGAAGUGUAUUCAUAAGGGAUAUAAUUAUUUUACCAUUUUAAUGAAGAUGGGGCUGGUAACUACUUAAGGAAUUUUAAAAUAUAUAUCAGAAAAUAUUUUUCUAUGGUUCUGUACAAUCAUUCUUUAUAUUGAUUUCCUAAGCACAGCAUGCAAAUAUAAAAUAUAGUAACAGAUUUAACUGUACUGUAUCUUUCAGACAGAACAUUAAAAUUGCAUCUGUCAGAUGCUUGCAUUGGCAUUGCAACUAAAAUGCUGGUAACUAGGCAAAAAGUAUGGAAUACUUUUGAUUGUUCUUUUGAGAGCUAUCUAUGUUUUUAAAAUACUGUAUAUGUGUAAUCAUGUUUCCAAACAUUACCACAUAUGAGCCUGGAAGGAUACUGUUGCUUGUAUUCUUGUCAAAAGAGAGGUUUUGUAGUCUUCAGAAGAAACUGAAUUUAUAAAGCAAAUAAAUUUUGAAAGAUACUGCA